AUGAGUAAGAAUACGAUUUAAAAGCCAACCUCUCCAACCAAAUAAUCCAUAUUUCAAACAGGAGCUCUAAAAAAUAGAAAUUAAUCACCAAUGCUUGGAUUUUAGAAGUAACCCAUGAAAUCCCCAGAAAAAUCUCUCAUUCUUGAUGAAUCCAUCACAAAUAAUAAUUCAUGGAAGUAAACAACUGAAAUUCAAAUUAAGAAUAGCUUUUAAGCAGAAUCCAACUGGAAAGAAGCAAUUGAAUCAAUAGUCUAAAAUAUAACCUUAAAAUUAAAAUAGCAAGAAACUGAUCAAUUCAUUAAAGAGUUAAACAGUCCUAUGUUGACAUAAGAUCCAAGCGUAGCCUUAUAUUAAGCACCUAUUGAAAAGAGUAGUUCAACUUAAGACUUAUUCUCUAAAAUUGUGUCAUAAGAAACAAAAAAAGCUAGAGCUGUUAAAUAGUUCCUUUUUAAUUAGUUUACAUCUAAUGAUUAAUCUCUCAACAUAUCUAUCAAUUCUUCAUCUAGUGCUUAAUAACAAUAAAAAACUUAAAUAAAUAAUGCUAACAAUAAAAAUAGAUAAAAUAAUGGAGGGAGCCCUUAAAAAUUCUAAAACAAAUAAUUCUAAUAAGAACCAUAGUUAGAUCAGAAAUCAAAUUUGGUUAUGAAUCAAUAAAUCAAAUAAUUAGAAUAAAUGAUACAAAGUACAAACCAACAAUACCUCUUACUCUAAGAAUAAUUCAAGAAAUAAAAUUCUGACUUAUCUAAUUAAGUAAGUUCUUAAGCAUCAAAAAUUCUAUUAUUGGAAUCAUUUUUUAAUAAAAUUGAUUAAGAAUAAAGCAGAGAAAAAUAUAUUAUACAUUAACAAUAAAUAAAAAAUGAAAAAUAAGAACUAAGUGAAAAUACAACCAAUCAAGAAGUACAGAAAUAAUUACAAUUGGUUAUGAAAAACUUAAAUUCACUUGCUGAGCACUAACAAUAAUAAAUGAUGAUUAUUAAGACUGCUUUAACAACAGAAUUGAGAAAGGAAUUUUUAUGUUCUUCAGAAUACAAAUAAAAUUAAUAAGAAUUACAAACACAAUUGACAAUCUUAAAGGAUUCGUUAGGACACACUGAUAAGAAAAUAAUAGAUGAUAGAAAACUUAAAUCUAGAAAUAAAAAAUUUAAUGAAUAUAAAUAAAUAGAAAAAUGA